CAAUUUACAUAUACAUAAUCAUAUCGCUCUCCAUCAUUUCACUUUCGGUCUCGCUCUUUUCUUUUUCGUCACACAUGGGAAACCUGAAUCUAUCUCCUGAACCAAGUUUGGACUUUAGACCAAUUUUUAUUCCAAAAACAAUCACUAUGUUUCUUGAAGAAGUAUCGAAAAUCGGUAGCUUAAGGGAGAAGUCACUACAAGUUGAUCAUUUUGUCCAUCGGUUAGAAUGCGAAACAAGAUUAAUAGAAGCAUUUAAACAUGAACUCCCUCUAUCCAUGCUUCUUAUCAACGAUGCAAUUGCUGCUUUGAAAGAGGAAUCAAUGGUGUUAAAGAAGUCAUCAUAUGUUGAACCGGUACUUGAAGAAUUUAUGCCAAUUAAAAAAUGUUUUGAUAAUGAUGAUGAUAUAAAAAUUGAAGCCAAUAUUGGAAAUCAUCAUAAUGACAUUAAUGGUGAUAAGAAGAAUUGGUUGAGCUCUACUCAUCUUUGGAAUACUAAUGAGAACCACGAUCACAAAGCAAAUUCAUUCACACAAACGAUUAAAAAGCGAAAUGAGAAAGAAGAUCCGAGUAAUAGAGCAAUUUUCAACCAUGAAAUCACUAGUCAAAUGAGGGGAAGUGGUCUAUUUGGUGAAGUAAAUGGGAAAGGUAGAUUGAUUCCAUUUUCUCCACCAAAUGUUCAACCAAAAAAUAUACAAAUUAGAGCCAGCAUUGUGCAUGCACCAUUAAAACAGCAGACAUCUAGGAAACAAAGGAGAUCAUGGUCAACCGAGUUGCAUAGACGAUUUGUCGAUGCCUUGCAACGACUUGGAGGUUCACAAGUAGCCACCCCUAAGCAGAUUCGAGAGCUUAUGCAAGUAGAUGGUCUUACCAAUGACGAAGUGAAAAGUCAUUUGCAAAAAUACAGACUUCAUACGCGGCGACAUUCAACUUCAAAUACAAGUGAUCAAAAUGUCGGAUCCUCUAAAUGUAGCAAUUCUCAAUCGGGUUCUCCUGAUGGCCCCCUUCCGAAUGGGAGUAGUAACAUGGAUGACGAAGACGAUAAAUCUGAGAACAAUUGGUGGAAUGGUAGCUAGUCAUGUCUAACAAGUUUUUACAAUUGAAAAAAAUAUAUAUGUGUUACUUAAACAGAAGUUACAAAAUUUUGCAGGACUAUAGUUUGAUUCUAA